AUGACGGGAAAUUCGUAUUCAGGACAGUAUUAUCGUACCGCUAAAAAAGAUCUCAUUAUGAAUUUAAAACGUAAAAAAAUUCUCUACGACCAUGUACACUCAUCUGCACGUACUCCCCACGGAUCGAAAAAAUGUUACAUCCUAUGCUUUGUAAUAUUAACAGUUUACGUUUUGUACGAACUGAGCGCCAACAUAUCCAUCUACGACUUCAUCAAACGCUGUCCAGAUCCCAAACUCGCAGUGGCCAUAGCGAACCAGGCGAGCGUUGACAAGUACAUCAUUCUGGCCAUGGUCGACUCCUCUUUCACGGAUAUGGCGUUGAAUCUAUAUUGGAAAAGUUUUCGUCCGAAUGCUAUUGAAAAUUUUUUAUUCAUGGGAGGUGAUCUGAAAUCUUGCGAGAUUUUAGCGAAUGAGUCAUUGCCGUGUUAUCAUUACUCAACCGACGAAACUGCUUCAGUUGCAAGCGUCUGGAACAGUCCAGACUUCAUAAGGAAAAUGAAUCUACGAACGGAUAUGGUGUUGGAUGCUCUGUCGUUAGGGUACACCGUUCUUCACACGGAUCUCGAUGUGAUGUUCUUUCAAAAUCCUCUUCCUGAAUUAAAAGUGAUAAUGGGUGAACAUGAUAUCGCAUCUCUAUGGGACAACACGGUCUACAAUGCUGGUUUCAUCUGCAUCAAACCAACCAAGUAUUCGCUGAAAGUCUACAACCAAAUGAAACAAAUAACAGAUUACUCUCCGCAAAUUGAUGACCAGUCAGCUCUCAACAAAGCCAUCUCCUCUGUAUCCAGGCGUUAUAAGAAUUUCAAAGUCAAAAUUUUAGACCCAAACAGGUUCCUCUGCGGUCUCGAGUACUUUGAAAAUGGCAACCGACUCUACCCAUCUCCAUGUCAGGACUGCAUGGUGCUUCAUAACAACUGGAUCGUUUCAAAAGAAGCGAAAAUUUACAGAUUUAAAGAACAUCUGAUGUGGGUGUAUGAUCAGGAUGAGUAUUAUUCCAGCCCUACAAACAUGUACAUGAGUUAUUCAAACCCAUCAACAUGGCCUAACACCAACGUCACUAUAACAUAUGAAAUGGAAGCUUUGAAAGGAGCGUUAGCCAUCGCAAGAAUGUUGAAUAGAAUCCUUAUUCUACCGAGAUUUCACUGUUCCCAUCAAGUUCCAGUGAAUGGUAAAAAAGAUGUUAAGAUGACAAAAAGGAGAAUAUUCAGAACGGUUUUGAAGGCUUGCCCUUUGAAUGGAUUGCUCAACAUAAAAUCGUUUGAUUCUGUUUUUCAAGAAAGUUAUCGCGAAAACUCGUUCUUACAGAAUCCUGCUAUUUCCGAAGGAUUGGCAAAGAACAGAUCAAAAGAAAUUGUCAUCAUCACCGUUGUUAAUGCAAAUUUGUUUAGAGAUAAAAUCCCUAUAACGUCUUUGUCUUCAAAUCAUGUGGGCGCUGCAAAUAAGAGUAACGUGAGAAGCGUCGAUGAGACAGAAAGCCAAAAACUUAACGACAACCACAACGUCAGUGACGACAUAGAGUUAAUCGACAUGUCAAAGAAGCAGGUUAUAAAAGAAGAAGAUAUCAAGUCAGCACUCAGCUCAUUCACAGAGAGGGUUCUAGUCUUCCGAUCUCUCUAUCAACUGAUGCCCCAAUUUACGGAUGAGGAGGAUCAGCGAGUCUUCAACGCCGACAUUAGCAAGGCUUUCAAAAAAAACUUAUCAGUAUGGUUAUUAACGGUGAGGUAUGCCAAUAUGUUGGAUCUUAUAAGUUGCAUAGAAACAGUUUAUAUAAGCUUUGAGAACACGCUUGUAGCUGUAAGAUUUAUUAUAGUCAGACGUUUGUACGAGACUUACUGGUUCUCUCAAGGAAAUGAUUUCCGCAGCAUAAUAACCAUUUCUAACACAUACAUGUUUAGAACACCAUUUGCAGCGAUACUCUCUGCUGUAUACCCGGUCCAGAUUAUUCUUCACGUUGAAUAA